AAAAUUAGUUUUUUUGGGUUAGACUACAUAACCUCCUCUUGCUUUCUCUGAUUGCUUUGAAAAAAAAAAUCCAGCGUGGAGUGUUUGUGUCAGCACUAUUUUUUUUUUCCAUCUUUAAACAGCAAGAAAAAAAAUCCUUCUUGUGCACAUUAUCAUCCAUGUCCCAGAAACUCUGCAACUGUAACAAGAAGUAAUAGAAGUGGAAAAAAAAAAAUCACUUGUUAGAAACAGCAUCUGUGCAUCUUUAAUUAGAGUUAAAUGACCCAAUGUAAUUGGACAUUGGCUAACUAAACACCCUCACAGCCCCUUCGCUAGAAACCUGCUUUAGUCUAAAUUAUUUUAGUAAUAGAUUCUCAUUAGUUGAGUACAAAGUGAAUUUUCCGUGACUCCUCCAAUGUGUAACACCACAAUAAAUGAAUUCGGUAUAUAUUGCAUGCAUGUGUGUGCUGUGGUUCAAGCACUUUGAAAAUAUUUCAUCCAUUUGACCUAGUCUUGCCAAAUGAACCUUAACAAAAACAAGUUUAAAGGCGUCCUUCCUUGUAGAGGAAAUGAUGGUCUGCUACAAAGUAUUAUACAAAUGUUUCUUGUUAACAUACUUCUUUACUUCAUUGUCAUGUUUAACUGGUUAUAUCAUCAAACGCAUCGAGAUAUCAAGCAGCGAUAAAAUUCAAAUGCUAACUUCAUUUAUCAAGGGAGAAAAACCUUUUCUAAGCCAGCCUGGUUAUUAUGAAUAAACUGUUAAAUUUCUCUGUCUAAAAGGAGACAGACAUGAAAUACUCCUAAAGAUCUCAAAAAGUUAUUAAUUUUAACUCGAGAAAUUCAACAACAAUAAAUGAGAAACAAAGUUAAUAUCUAUCAGUCUGAAAACGUCUUCAAAGCCUUUUUUAUGCCAGUUUGGCAGAUGUAGUUCAACAUUUUUUGCGAACACUAAUUUGUUCAUGUUUUAUUGAGAUGUCGCUACUGGUCAGAUCGCCUCAGUUUUUUUAGUUUUAAGAAAUCAUAAUUAUUUUCUUAGCCGUAACCAAAAGGAAACAGUAAAACCACAGCCGGUGCUGCUUCAAAAGCUAAAUACACAGACAAACUAGUUUUUGAUCUGUAAAAAGAGAAAGUAACACAGCUGAUGACACUUUCGAUGUUAUUCCAUUGAAAGCUAACCUACUUUAAAGGUCAACUUGUCUCCCGAACAGAGUUCUACUAGAAUACUUUAAAAAAAAACUCACAUGCUACGGUAAAUUUCUUGCCUUAAAUGAAAUACAAGUCAUGGCAAAACACAUGAUCUCCUCCUAUCAAACAGUUUAUGCUUUACAAAUGUGUCAACAUGCGCACUCGUCUGUCAAGAGCGUUUCCUUUCUUUGCCCUCCAGUGCUUCCCCUCAGCGCCCUGAAUGGGGUGGCUAAAUGCUAAUGAAUCUUUUAUUGCGUCCUCUGUGAGAUUCUGUCGCUUUUAAUUGAUAGACAAAUGAAAAGCAUCCGGUCCGUGUUGCUCGUCUCGUGUUAAACAUAACUGGAGGGCCUCCACUCAAGCGGCAGCAGCCAUUGUCCACGGCUAUCAAACACCCAUUAGGCCAGGCGCCAGUUGCUUGUCAACUCUGGACGUCAUUCACCACCGCAUUCACUCACACAAUUAUUGCUAAGCGACUUACUGAGUGACAGCAUCUCAUACUGAUUUUUUAUUUUUUUGUCAAUCUCUCCAUCACCCCUCAAUUAACAAUGCAGUUUUGCCUUUGGCCUCUUUGCUCUUUUUUCUUCUUUUUUUUUUUUUGUCGUUGUUGUUGUUGUUGUUGUUGUGGGCGGCCAUUAGCCAUGCGGUGGCAAACAGACACAAAAAUGUUGGCACCCGAACGGCGGCCCAGGAGGGGAAGCGCUUAGAUUUCAAAGGGUGGUCGACUCUGUGCAUGCAUUGCUGAUGAGGCGAAAGAGGUGGGCUUUCUGGCGUGGGCCGGCCUCUCGGUGUGAAACGGUGGGUGAGUGGAGGGCAUUGGCAACGUCAGGGUGUAAAGACGGACGAGGAUUUGGAAGAGUCAAGUACCGCUGAAAGGGGAAGUUGUUGGUGGUCUGUGGAGUUGCAUGCAGCUGCCCCUGAAAACAAAUGGAAGAAAUAAGGGAGACAGGAAAAAAAAAAGAAAGAGGGGUUGGGUGGUAGGGGGGCAGUAGAGUCCGGUGGAAGGCGUGCAAGCUCCUAACUUUUUUUUUUUUUUUUUGUCUUCUUGUGUUAAUCUGUUGAGAAAAAGCGUGAGGAAACUUGGCCGAGGGUCCCCCCCCUCACCAAACCUCCCCCCCACUUUACUCCGGACAGCUAAACUUGAAGUUGAACACCCCCGCCAUCACCGCCACCAUGGGUCCUCCUCUCUCCCACUUACUUGCUCUGUAUUCUGUCUAGGUGCUGGAGUGACAACGAGCCAUUCAUUAUGGAGGUAGAGCAAAAAAAGACUCUGGAUCUUUCCUGUGUCUUUUUUUGGGAGACGGUGGGAGUUGGAGGGGACAGGGGGUUUGCAGGGGCUGGUAAAGUGGGAGGUGUACUGCUAAACAGAAGGAGGGCAGGAGUAUACUCCUGAAAUGGAGAAAUGUGACAGAUAAGAGGAAAUGUAAUGAGUUAGAGUGGAGAGAAAAAAGUAAGAGAGGGUUGAGUAAAGAGUAAGGUGCAGAGGGAGCGAGAGAUGGAGGGAGGGGAGGGAGGUCACGAUUGAGGUUUGAGGCAGAACUGGAAGCACAGAAGGAAGGGAGGGGGAGAGAGAAAGAGAGAGAGAGAGAGUGGGCUACCAUGCCGAAUGAGCAGGAGAGGCGGAGAGGAAGCAGAGCUCCAUCAGAUGAAAUGAGGUGAAAGUAAUUCAGGCAUUAAUCAAGCCAGGGCAAAAGGGAGGGUAUACUGUUUUCUCGCCCCCCACCCCCUUUUUUUUUUGCUGCGGAACUGAAAGACAAGGUGUGAAUGAAGGAGCCUACAGUGGCCAGCAGAGAAGCACCACCGGGUCACAGCAUCAAAUCAUGUCCGAGUCGAACACCGUCACGGCUUCCACCGCAGACCAGAAUGGAGCCGUUCCAGGGGAGCCCGUGAAGAAGGAUGAAAACUCCCGGAGGGGGAACUGGGGCAACCAGAUUGAGUUUGUCCUCACAAGUGUGGGCUAUGCAGUGGGUCUGGGCAACGUCUGGAGGUUUCCCUACCUCUGCUACAGAAAUGGAGGAGGUGCCUUCAUGCUGCCAUACUUCAUCAUGUUGGUAUUCUGCGGCAUCCCUCUCUUCUUUCUCGAGUUAUCCUUCGGUCAGUUUGCCAGCCUCGGCUGUCUGGGUGUCUGGAAGAUCAGCCCGAUGUUCAAAGGUGUUGGUUACGGCAUGAUGGUGGUGUCCACCUACAUCGGGAUCUACUACAACGUGGUCAUAUGCAUCGCCUUCUACUACUUCUUCAUGUCCAUGACGAACCUGCUGCCCUGGACGUACUGCAACAACCCCUGGAACACGCCGGACUGCAGCGGGGUGGUCGGCAGCGGCGCCCAGCUGAACGGCAGCCUGGUGAACGCCACCACCAGCCUGGUAGCCGGGGUGACGGAGGUGGUCAACCGGACCAAGAGGACCAGCCCCAGCGAGGAGUACUGGAAGCACUAUGUACUGAACAUCUCCGAUGACAUAGGAAACUUCGGGGAGGUCCGCCUCCCCAUCCUGGGCUGCCUGGCUGUGUCCUGGUUUGUGGUGUUCCUCUGCCUCAUCAGGGGCGUGAAGUCUUCAGGAAAGGUGGUGUAUUUCACAGCCACGUUCCCUUAUGUCGUUUUGACUAUUCUGUUCAUCCGUGGGAUCACGUUGGACGGCGCGAUAAACGGCAUUAAGUACUACCUGACUCCACAGUGGCAGAAGGUUCUUGAUGCAAAGGUAUGGGGAGACGCUGCCUCGCAGAUCUUCUACUCCCUGGGCUGUGCCUGGGGCGGUCUCAUCACGAUGGCUUCUUAUAACAAAUUCCACAACAACUGUUUCAGAGACAGCAUCAUCAUCAGCAUAACUAACUGUGCCACCAGUGUGUACGCCGGCUUCGUCAUUUUCUCCAUCCUGGGCUUCAUGGCACACAACCUGAACGUUCCGGUGUCCGAAGUGGCUGAUCACGGACCCGGCCUGGCCUUCGUGGCGUACCCCGAAGCCCUCACUCUGCUGCCGAUCUCACCUCUGUGGUCGCUGCUGUUCUUCUUCAUGCUCAUCCUCCUGGGGCUGGGAACCCAGUUCUGCCUGCUGGAGACGCUGGUGACAGCCAUCGUGGACGAGAUCGGCACAGACUGGAUUAUCAGAAACAAGACCGUGGUCACGCUCUCAGUGGCUGUUGUGGGUUUCCUGCUGGGCGUCCCGCUCACCACGCAGGCAGGAAUCUAUUGGUUGUUGCUGAUGGACAACUAUGCUGCCAGUUUCUCUCUGGUCAUCAUCUCCUGCAUCAUGUGUAUCUGCAUCAUGUAUAUCUAUGGUCACAGGAACUACUUCAAGGAUGUUGAGAUGAUGCUGGGCUUCCCUCCUCCUCUCUUCUUCAAAGUCUGCUGGAGAUUCAUCUCACCUGUCAUUAUCUCUUUCAUCCUGAUCUUCACGGUCAUCCAGUACAAGCCCAUCACUUACAAUGACUACGUGUAUCCCGGCUGGUCCCUGGCUAUCGGCUUCGCCAUGGCCCUGUCCUCAGUGAUCUGCAUACCCAUUUAUGGCCUGUACAAGAUUUCCAGGUCCCCAGGGGCCACCUUCAGAGAGCGGUUGAAGCACGCCUGCCAAGCGCAUCCAAAGUGGGGCCCGGCCCUGGCCGAGCACAGAACAGGCCGCUACGCCCCAGCGGCCCCCGCUGAGACCAUCGAGGCCCGGCCCCUGAAGGAGAAGGAGAAGGAGAAAGAGAAAGAGAAAGAGAAGGAGAAGGAGGAGCUAAGAGAAGAGCACAAGGAGGAGGAGAAAGCAAAGGAGACGGAGAAGAAAGAUGAGAUCAGCCUCACCAUCCAGGGAAGCAACGGCUCCACCAACACACACAACAACCCCAACCCCAGUGCAUAGACGCCGCCUCUCUCUGUCAGUGCUACUGGGCCACCGUCUCCUCCUUCUCUUCCUCCCUUCUCCUCACUUCUCCUCCAUCCUCACCCUACUUUCCCGCAGUCUUCUGUGGGGGAGAUCCCAUUCGCUGGAGACCUUUACAUAUUGUAAGGGCUUAUUAUAUCUAUCCUAACCUC